AUGGAAUCCGCUAAUGAAAACAAUAUAUCAAUUGCUCAAACUGGUAUCUCCCUUUCAGAUUAUAAUGUUAUAUUUGUUACACAUUUAGCAACACUAAUCGGAACAGGAUUCACUUGUGCUGGAUUCCCACUAAUUUCAGCUACAGUGCUUUCUUGCACUUUUAAUCUUUUAGCAGCCGUAUCAUCACUAUUACUAAGUAUAUUAGUCGGUUGGGAUGCCCUAUCUGCGGCAGAUUAUUACAAAAAAGACUCAAUUAAAAGUAUAAUGAAAUAUCCAGCUUCACCAGCUUUAUUUUUAUCAUCAUCAUCAAUACAAGGUGUAGUUGAUUCAUCUGAUUAUUCAAAGACACCUGCUAUUUUAUCAUUUUUUGAAGAAAUGGAUCUGAUAUCCACUUCUUUUGUUAAAAAUUUUAUCACCCAAGAUAUAUUGGAAGAUGAUAAUAUGGACUAUUCUUGGAUCAACUUUGUUAAAGGAAUCCAUUCGAUUAAAGAGUCCUUACAAACUCCAAUCUAUUAUAAUAAUCAAGGAUAUAAAUGUAUUACUAUCAGAUUAGCACCCUUAACUAAUGAAGAAAGCUUGUCAGGUUGGAAACAAGAGGUUUGUACCAAUUCCAUGGGUAGAAGCAUAUUAUCAUCAGCAUCAUCUUCAUCAAUUUUGAUAAAUACAAAAAAAAAUCAACAAAAAGUAUCAGGGUGGUUAUUGGACCAUAAUCUUUUAGAAUCACAACUCUCUAUUUUCCAAGGAACGUAUCUGGUCCAAUUCUAUCAGGAUAUAAGUACCUCAGUAAUAAACUGUCUAUUAACUCAAAGUAAACAAUUGUUAAAUGGUGAGAGCAAAAUAUCAGGAGAAGUUACAGAUAAAAAUGGUAUUAUUUUUAUCACGUCUAAAUUAUGGAAGGACUCCUAG